AUGACCCAGUCGGUAAUGGUGCAGGUGGGGCAGUGCGGGAACCAGGUGGGCUGCCGCUUCUGGGACCUGGCGCUGCGGGAGCACGCUGCUGUCAACAAGAAAGGGAUUUAUGAUGAAGCAUUAAGCAGUUUCUUUAGGAAUGUAGAUACAAGAAGCGGCGGUGAUGGGCCUGAUAUUUACAAAGGAAAAAUCUGCUCUUUAAAAGCACGGGCUCUGUUGAUUGACAUGGAGGAGGGUGUGGUAAAUGAAAUUCUUCAAGGACCAUUGCGGGAUGUGUUUGAUAGCAAGCAGCUUAUCACAGAUGUUUCUGGUUCAGGGAACAACUGGGCUGUGGGUCAUAAGCUGUAUGGCUGUCAGUACAGGGCAAGCAUUGUGGAAAAGCUGAGGAAAGCAGCAGAACAUUGUGACUGUCUGCAGUGUUUUUUCAUCAUUCAUUCUAUGGGAGGUGGGACAGGAUCUGGGCUUGGAACCUUUGUUCUAAGUGUGCUUGAGGAGGAAUUCCCAGAAGUGUAUAGAUUUGUUACUUCAGUCUAUCCCUCUGGUGAAGAUGAUGUCAUUACUUCUCCAUAUAACAGCGUUCUGGCAAUGAAGGAGCUUAAUGAACAUGCAGACUGUGUGCUACCAAUAGAAAAUGAAUCUCUCUUUGAUAUAGUUAAUAAAAUUCAUCAGAUGAUCAAUUCUGGGAAGCUAGGGUCGACUGUGAAGCAGAAGAGUUUGGUAACAUCGAGUGCAGGCGGUGCAAAAGCUGUGCAGGAGAAGCCGUUUGACGCAAUGAACAAUAUCGUAGCCAACUUGCUGCUGAACCUGACAAGCUCUGCAAGGUUUGAAGGUUCCCUUAACAUGGAUCUGAAUGAAAUCAGCAUGAAUUUGGUUCCUUUUCCUCGGCUUCAUUACUUGGUCUCAAGCUUGACUCCUCUGUAUACACUGGCUGAUGUUAAUGUACCUUCUAGAAGAUUGGAUCAGAUGUUUUCAGAUGCUUUUAGUAGAGAUCACCAACUAAUCCAGGCAGAUCCAAAGCACAGCCUCUACCUUGCCUGUGCCCUUCUCGUCCGAGGAAAUGUGCAGGUUUCAGACCUUCGCAGAAAUAUUGAGAGGCUGAAGCCUUCCCUGCAAUUUGUCUCCUGGAAUCAAGAGGGCUGGAAAACUGGUUUGUGUUCAGUACCUCCAGUGGGCCAUUCCCAUUCCCUCCUGGCUUUAGCAAACAACACCUGUGUGAAACCAACUUUCAUGGAACUCAAAGACAGAUUUAUGAAGCUCUACAAGAAAAAGGCUCACCUUCACCAUUAUCUGCAUAUAGAGGGGAUGGAGCAGAGCUGUUUCUCUGAAGCUGUAGCAUCUUUAUCUGACCUAAUAGAAGAGUACAAUGAACUGGAUGCCACAAGAGGUGGGCCUAGAACAUAUCCAUCAAGACUGAAGAUAGCUGUGUAA